AAAAACAAUUUAUAUAAAAAUAAUGUUGUUUAAAACUUAAGAGAAUAAAGUUUUAUUCGCUAUAAUAUUCGAGAUCAUUGGUUAAAGUUUACCUAGGGAACCCCAAUGGCGGCGCUUCCAACUGUUCGUAGUCCUGACGGACUCCUCCCGGAGGGGAGCCGCCUAGUGCCAAACGUCACUAGUUAUUGAUUCACGGUAGUUUUUGAACAAAAUUAAAAAAAAAAGAAAAAAAGAAAACCUCUACUAAAAAUUUAAUUAAUUUAACCUAACCUAACCGAAGCGCCGCCAGUGCCCUAGUUCCCUAGGUAAACUUUGACCUUUGACUCCUAUGGUAUGCCAAUUGUAACAUUUAUAGUCCAACUAGGGACGUGUUUUGGAACUGAUGAAAAUGGGGUCUAAAACUGAUUGAACUUUGGUUAUUUUUUAAAAUUUAUUUAUUUAUUGAUCUAUAAAUUGGGAUAUUAUGUUGGCGUGUUAAUACAUUUGCUCUGUUCAAAGAUUGAUUCUAUAAUCAAAUAUUAAAAACACAAAAAACCAGGGAUGGUCCAUGGAAGUCUGGGAUGUAUGUUCAACUACCAACAGGCGUGGUUUACAGAUAGUGGACUUUAAUUGGACAUUUGCAUUUUGAAAAAAGAUAAUUGAAGUUUUAAGAAAGGAUUUCUUCUUGUUUCUGUGUAAAUAAUACAGGCAUAGAAGCUACACCAUAAUAUUGCUAGUCUGCACAGUGAAAGCAUAGACAUGACUCAGCCUGAGCCGGAAGGGUAUUUCAGAUGAAAGGGAUAGAAACAGCAUAGUAUUUAUAACAUUUAUCAAGAUGGCUUCUGAUCUGGAAUUACGAAAUGAAUUGUCGGCUCAUUUAGAACAGUUAACGACUAAUGGAGAUAAAGAAUUAAAUCAAGAAAUUAUGAAAAAAGUGAAAAAUAUCUGCAAAAAGUCUGAAGAAUAUGUUAAUCAUGCAUUUCACGUAAUUAUGAUGCAAAUUUGUAAACCUCAUUCGGAAAUCCGCUACAGUUCCCUUUUAGUGAUUAAUGAGUUAUUCAAAAGGUCGCAUAUUUUUCGUAAACUUUUACUGUCAGAUUUUCAAAAUUUUUUAGAACUCUGUGCUGAAACUAAUAAAGACAAGUUACUACCACCUCCUAAAAAUGUAGGAAAAAACCUAAAAAUUAAAACAUUAAAAUUUGUUCAAGAAUGGAAUGAUCAAUUCGGAGAAGAUUAUAAACGUUUAAAACUUGGUUUUAACUUUUUGAGAGAAUGUAAAAAAAUUGACUUCGCAAAUCUUCAGGCGCAGGAUGCCUUUAUUCAGAGAAGAGACGAAGAAGCUAGACAACGUCAGGAAAAUAUUAUCCAAGACAAAGUCAAUAAAACUUUAGUGGAGAUGACAGAUAAGAUUCCUGAAAUUGAGAGUGUUUUAAAUCAAAUGGAUAAUUGUUUCAAUCUUCUGUUUCCAACUGUUAAUGAUUUUUGCAAUGAUUUAGAAACCCCUUCUACUUCAAAGCUUUCAAGCAUUUUAGAAGAAUCUAGUGAAAAUGACAAAGAAGAUCUUGAAGAUAAAUUGGAAGUUGAUGAAAUGAUGAGACAUCACGGGCUUAAAAAUAUGAAAGAUAAUUAUAAUCUUGAGAUUGUAAUUAAUCCUUGUGUUCACAUGAACACAGAUACUUUGGCUAUUAUUGAAAAUUUAAAAGAUCUCCAUACUCAGAUUAAUAAAUGUUUAUUACCAAUGGUUGGUAAAUGGUUAAAUAUUUUUACAAAAGGAUCUAAUUGUUCAGGUUCACUUAAGAGAGCAAUAGACUUAAAAAAUUUGCUAAUGACUAAAAUUGAAAAGUUCAGAGAACUAAAAAUCUUACCUGAGCAGAAUUCUGUGGAUGAUGAUCAUGAGGAGGAGGAGGAAGAAGAGGAAUUUAUAGCUGUAGAAGAAAAAGAAGGCUUAGAAACUGUAAUUCCACCUCAUUUAAGACAUGAAUAUGGUUUAGAACCCAUUAACAAUAAUAAUAAUAAACAAAAUACAAAAGUGAAAGAUAAUGUAGAUGAAACAAAAGAUCCUACAACAGUUGCAUCAAAUCUUCAUGCAAUAUAUGAAAAAAUGGGUAAAAAAUUACAAAACAGAAAAAAUGAAAAAACUGAAGAUCCUGUUCCUUGUUGUAGUAAAGACAUUGACAUAGAUGCAAAAAAAGCAGAAAUGCUUUCUAAAGCACCUCAUAAACCCUACGAUAUUGAUCUUUAUCAUUGGGAAGACGAAAAACUUGAAGCACCAACCAUUAUAAAAUACGAACCCUGUAAUAAAUUUUGGUUGCCAAGUCAUGUUGACGUAACUGAAUUUCAGUUAAAAGACGGUGCAGCAGCUCUUAGAAUGAGAAAAAUAGACUUUACUGGUGAAUUUGUUCCAGUAAAAUGGAGCUGUCGAGCUCCUCUCCCAAGUGGUAAAUUAUGCCCCAGGAAAGACAGAUAUAAAUGCCCUUUUCACGGAAAAAUUGUACCUAGAGACAAAUACGGAAAUAAAGUAAAUUCAGAUGAAAAAUCUAAAUUGAACAUAGAAUUGACAAAUGAGGAAAGUGUACCAGAUUGGCAAGAUCCAGAAUUGUUACGAGAUUUAGAAGCAACUACCGGUAUUAAUCUGAAAAUGCCAGAAAAGAGAAAGAAAUUACAAAAAAAAUCUUUUCAAAAGAAGAAAAAGAAAUAUCCUAACUUAACUGAUGUUACUAAAGAGGAAAAUACUGUUCGAAAAAGGCUAGAGAAGAAAGUCUUUAAUAAAAGAGCCGUUCAAAACAUCUGUGAGCAAUUGGAUUCUAUUGAUAGGAAAAAAUAUGACGAUAAAUUUGGAGAUCAGUGGGCUUAUGCUUUUAAGUAGUAAGACUGAAAAGUAUUCUAAAAUGCUAUAUGUAAUUAAGAUUGAUAUCUAUUUAUACAAAAUAUUUAUUUAAUAAAUAAUUUGCAUAAAAA